UCUGCAAGACUGGGGCGAGGAGACUGAGGACGGCGCCGUGUACAGCGUCUCCCUGCGGCGGCAGCGCAGCCAGCGCUCGACCCCAAAGGGGCCUGGAGACGACCAGGUGCGGAAGGGACUGGAGGUGAGCAGUGAGGGCGGGCUCAGCCCGGGCUGCAGCGGAGAGGCCAAAGCUAAGAGCAGCGGGGCCAGAAGGAAGGGCGGAGCUUAGAGGCGACCAGGCUCCCACCCCGGUUGCUGACACCUUCCUCCAGUACCGCACCAGCAAGGUGCGGGCGCUGAGGGCCGCCCGACUAGAGCGGCUGGUGCAUGAGUUGGUGUCCGGAGACCGUGAACAGGAUCCUGGCUUCGUGCCUGCCUUCCUGGCUACACACCAGGCCUUUGUGCCCACAGCCCGAGUUCUGGGCUUUCUACUGCCCCCGCCGCCGCCGCCGCCACCACCUCCUGGACAGCAAGAGGGCAGAGGCACAUGAUCUGAGCUUCAGCAAGCAUCUGAGGGCUGUGGUUUCGGUACUCGGUUUUUGGCUGCGAGAUCAUCCUCAGGACUUCUGGGAUCCCCCUGCCCAUCAGAACCUGGGGAAUGUCCAAAUAUUUUUGGGCUGGGCAGCCCCAGGAGGGGCAGAAGCCAGGGAAGCAGAGAAGCUUCUAGAAGAGUUCUUGGAAGAGGCUAAGGGAGAACAGGCAGAGGAGGAGCAGCGACUGGCUUGGGCUGGCCCUCCCAGGGCUGCCCAGUCUUCCAGAUCAGAAUUCUCAGAGGACUUCGAGGAAGACGAAGGUCCCAGUUCUGAAGGCCCCGAGCUCCUGGACUUCAGCGUGGAUGAGGUGGCGGAGCAGCUGACCCUUAUGGACGUGGAGCUCUUCUUGCGCGUGCGUACCUGUGAAUGUCUGGGUUCCAUGUGGUCUCAGCGUGACCGGCCAGGAGCUGCAGGCAUUUCUCCCACAGUGCGUGCCACCGUGGCCCAGUUCAAUGCGGUUACGGGCUGCGUGCUGGGCUCGGUGCUCGCAGCGCCUGGCCUGGCAGCCUCGCAGAGGGCACAGCGCAUCGAAAAGUGGAUCCGCAUCGCCCAGCGCUGCAGGGAACUUGGCAAUUUCUCUUCAUUGCGAGCUAUCCUGUCGGCCCUGCAGUCUAACCCCAUCUACAGGCUCAAGCGCAGCUGGGGAUCUGUGAGCCGGGAACCACUGUCCACUUUCAAGAAACUGUCGCAGAUAUUUUCUGAUGAGAAUAAUCAUCUCAGCUGCCGAGCAAUUCUUUCCCAGGAGGAGGCUACUGAGGGACCCCAUGAUGAUGACUGCCUCCCAGGAAGCCUGCCGUCAAAACUGUCCCCAGGUCCUGUCCCCUACCUUGGCACCUUUCUCACAGACUUGAUUAUGCUGGACACAGCCUUACCGGAUAUGUUGAAGGGAAAUCUCAUCAACUUUGAGAAAAGGAGGAAGACACCCCCUCAGGAAUGGGAGAUCCUGGCCCGAAUCCAGCAGCUACAGCAUCGCUGCCAACUCUACAGCCUGAGCCCCCACCCACCAAUCCUGGCUGCCCUUCGAGCCCAGCGCCAGCUCAGUGAGGAACAGAGCUACCGGGUCUCCCGUGUCAUUGAGCCACCAGCUGCCUCCUGCCCCAGCUCCCCACGUAUCCGGCGGCGAAUCAGCCUCACAAAGCGUCUCAGUGCGAAGCUGUCCCGGGAGAAGAACUCUUCCCCUAAUGAGAGUCCCGGGGACCCGUCCUCACCAGCCUCCAGUGUUUCUCCAGGGUCUCCCCCAUCCAGUCCUAGAAACCGAGAACCUCCUCCUGGUAGUCCGCCAGCCUCCCCAGGACCCCAGAGCUCCAGCAACAAGCCGUCUCUGAACAUGGAUUCCUCCACAACCUUGACCCUGAGCAACCCUCGAAUUCCUCUCCUUGGGCAGCAGACCUCAGAGGCCCGUGUCAUUCGAGUCAGCAUCGACAAUAACCAUGGGAACUUGUAUCGGAGCAUCUUGCUCACUUGUCAGGACAAAGCCCCCAGCGUGGUGCAAAGAGCCCUGGAGAAGCACAAUGUGCCUCAGCCCUGGGCCCGUGACUACCAGCUCUUCCAGGUCCUACCUGGAGACAGAGAACUCCUGAUUCCGGACAGUGCCAAUGUCUUCUAUGCAAUGAGCCCAACCGCCCCUGGCGACUUCUUGCUGCGUCGGAAAGAGGGGACACGGCAUUCACCUUCAGCCUCCCCAACCUGAAGCAGCACUCACCACAGACAGCUUGGUACCUGGCUUCUACCACCGUCAAAGUAGGGGUCCAUUUCCUGAAGAGCUUCCAUCCCCCAAUGGAAGCCAUCUUGUUCCAUAUCCUGGGGACUCCUCAGCCUUAGCCCAUCAGACACCCUCUCUCUGACUUCAUGAGCACUUGGUCAUUAUUCCAGAAACAUGGAUGUGUGAGAAAAGUGUAGAACUCAGAAAAAUCAAGAGCUUUAAGAGCUGGGAGCUUAGCUUAGUGGCUGGGCACUUGCCCAGCAUGCCCUAGACCCUGGAUGUUUUCAGCACUACCCAAAAUAAAAGUCCUGUAGAGUAUAGUUAAGUUGGAUCCUAACACGUAGCAAGCAGGGGUCUGAGAGCCAGCACUGAGUAUAUCCAGCAUGUUGCCACAUGCCAUAAUCCCAGUGCUCGGGAGCUGCAGGUAGGAGAAUCAGGAGUUUGUCAUCCUCAGCUACAUAUAUAUAUGAACUGAAGGCAAACCUGGGCUACAUCAUGAAACUUCAUUUUAAAAUACAAAACUAAGAAAAGUUUGAAAAAAUCCUCACGAGAGUUCAGGGUUUUCUCCCCCUCGCUUUCAGAAGGUGCCACCCUGCCUCUCCAUCACACGAGUGGAGUUGUGGGAGGAGGGCAGGAGUUUGUCAUUACUUGCAAAUACAGGCAGUGAGAAACUGGGCAUGGCGGUGAAUGGCUGUCACCCUAGCACUGUGGAGGCAGGAGGAUCUCGAGUCCAAGGUCAUUUUCAGCUGUAGUGGGAGUUCCAGACCAGCCUGUGACAUCAUUCCCUGUCUCAAAUAAGCAAAGAGAGACUGUAGAUGAAGUGAGCUCGGAGGUAACCUCAAAACAGCAGCAGCAGCAGCAGCAGCACGCUGGCUUCAGAGCUUCUGCUGUAAACUAGACCUCAACAGGAAGGGGCUCUAGGUCUCACCGAGUUCUUCCAUUUUCAAGGGAUCUGUACAAUGCCUUAGUGAGGAAACCUCAAUUCAGAUCCCCAGCACCCACAUAAACAGCAGGGCAUGGUGGGGUAUGUCUGUGAUUCCAGUCUAGGAGUGGAGAAAGUCAGGUCCCAGGGGUUUGCUAGCCAUCAUUCACGUGAGACCCUGUCUCAAUAAUGUUGAGGGCCAUCAAGAUGACUCAGUGGGUAAAGGUGCUUGUGCAGCAAGCCCGGUGACCUGAGUUCAAUCCCAGGAUCUACGUAAAGAUGGAAGGAUAGAACUGAUUCCACAAAGGGGUCUUCUGACCUGUGUGUGUGCACCAAGACAUGUGCUCUCAGUACACAUUUCAAGACAGGGUUUCUGUGUGUAACAACCCUGGCUGUCCUAGAGCUCGCUCUGUAGGCCAGGUUGGCCUCAACCUCACUGAGAUCCGCCUGCUUCUGCCUCCUGAGUGCUGGGAUGAAAGGCGUGCACCACCACCACCCAGCUGCCAACACACAUCUUAUACAUACACAAAAGAGUAAUAAGUAAAUAUUUUUAAAAUAAGGUAGAGAAUGAUAGAUAUCUGAUACCAGCCUCUGGCCUCCAUGGGAGUGUGCAUGAGUGAGCACACACACGCAUAAUACACACCCAUAAAUCCUAGUGAAAUAGGCACUUGCCAAAAGGAAAUUGAUAUCUCCUGUAUUGAAAAGUCCAAUAAGGGCGAGGCAGUAGUGAUAGCAUUCAGGAGGCAGAGGCAGGAGGAUCUCUGAGUUCGAGAUCAGGUCAGCCUGGUCUACAGAGAAAAUUCCAGGACAGCCAGAAUAAACAGAGAAACACUGCCUUGAAAAAGAAACAAUGAGAGAGAGAGAGAGAGAGAGAGAGAGAGAGAGAGAGAGAGAGAGAGCAAGAAAAGAGAAAGAAAAGUCCAAUACGGGGCUGGAGAAAUCACUCAGUGGUUAAGAGCUCUUCUUUUUUUUUUUUUUUUAAAGAUUUAUUUAUUAUGUAUACAACAUUCCUUCCGUGUAUGCUUGUAUGCCAGAAGAGGGACCAGAUCUCAUUAUAGAUGGCUGUGAGCCACCAUGUGGUUGCUGGGAAUUGAACUCAGGACCUCUGGAAGAACAGUCAGUGUUCUUAACCUCUGAGCCAUCUCUCCAGCCCAAGAGCUCUUCUUCUUGCUAAGGAUCUGGAUUCUGUUCCCAGCACCCUCAAGGAGGCUCACUACUCCCUCAGCACUUGGCACUCACAUGGAGGCGACUCUGAUUUGCUCUGAGAAUAAGAUUGUCUGUUCUCCCUCAAAUUCACUCACCUUGUAUGGAACUAAAGCCACUGAUCUUCAGCCACUCAAAGUAAAAGCCACAGAUAUGCUUGCCACUGUAGCACACAGAAAGCCAAAGGUGAAGGAAGAUGGGCUUAAGGGCAACCCACACUACGUAAGAGACCCUGUGUCAAAGCAACAUGAACACUUUUCCUGUGUUAGGGCUCAAACCCUGGGCCUUGUUCGUGGUGGGCACUUGCUCUGCCAUUGAUCUACAACAAAAGCUGCUUUGUCCGACUCCUGUAGCAAAUAUGGUCACAUGAUUAAUUCUUGGUCAAUGAGAGAUACAAUGAAGGGAAGUUGGCCAAUUCUGAGGUCUACUCUUAAAUGGGAGGGGUGAGUCUUCCCCUUCCACAUUUCCUGCUUUCUGCUGGUUAGAAUGAAGACAUGAGAUAACUGGUCUGGUUGAGUAGUCACAUCCUCUGAGUAACUGAGCAACAAGUGGGAAGGCACCUGGGCCCCUGGAGUCGGAUAGCUGCUGUGUGGAUUGCUGUUACUUGGAGAGUAAUGUCAGAAAUAAAUUGCUAUCUCCUUCUGCUAUCCUUGGUUUUGUCAUAGUAGCCAAAAGAACAUUUUUGUGCUAGAGGUUGGUGGAGCACUCCUUUAAUCCCAGCACUCAGGCAGAGGCAGGUGAAUUUCUGAGCUCGAGACCAGCCUGGUCUACAGAGAGGGUUCCAGAACAGCCAGGACUGUUACAUAGAGAGAUCCUGUCUCUAAAACCAAACUAAACAAAAACAAACAAACAACAAAAAAGAACAUCCUUGGGUGUCUCGCUUAGUUGUUUGUUACUAUCGUUAUUAUGAUUGUGUGCUGAACACAUGUGUUUACAGGCAAGCACUACACAGGCCAGAGGGAGACUUAAAACAUCUUAGUUGAAUAUGCUCCAUCCUAUUUUUUGUGACAGGAUCUCUCACUGAACCUGGUGGUCACCUGUUCAGCUAGACUGGCUCCUCAUCCUGCCUUUUACAUGGGUACUGGGGAUCGAACUUUACCUACCGAGCCAUCUCCUCAGCUACCGUUUGUCUGGUUUUGUUGUUGUUUGUUUAUUCAAAAAUCUCCUUAAGACCAUUUGUAUCAGACUGCAGAGAUGACUCAGUGGUUAAGAGCACUAGCUGCUCUUCCAAAGGUCCUGAGUUCA